CCGUGAAGGCUCGUGGAGUCGGCGUUCGCGCUCUGCCAGCCCUGCGCUGCGGAAAGGCUGUUGCUGCUGUUGUCGCCUGUAGCUUGGGCCGGCGUGCUCGGCUCGUGUUCGCUUCGCCCAUUUGCCCAGGGCCAAACUGCUGCCUUAGUUCCAGUGAAAGGUGGCUGUCAGCAUGUCAUCAGCACAGCACUCGGACGACUUUUAUAACCAGGGCAAGGCCUACUGGGAGACGAUUCCAGCCACUGUAGACGGCAUGCUGGGCGGGUACUCGGAGAUCAGCAGCACAGACAUCCACUCGUCAAACCGGCUGCUCAAGCAGUUUCGAGAGAACAAGGCAGCUCCACUGGGCAGGCAUCGUGCACUGGACUGCGGCGCUGGCAUAGGCCGCAUCACCAAGCACUUGCUGCUGCCACUGUUCGACACCGUUGACAUGGUGGAACAGAACCAGGCCUUUUUGGACCAAGCACGAGCUUACAUCGGCCCUGAAUCGGAGCGUGUUGAAAACCUUUUCUGCGAAGGUCUGCAGGAUUUUGCCCCCAAGGAAGGUUACUAUGAUGUAAUCUGGUGCCAGUGGGUGACUGGACAUCUGACGGAUGCUGACCUGGUGUCGUUUGUGCAGCGAUGCCUCAGGGGCUUGCGUGAAAACGGCAUUUUCGUUAUCAAAGACAACAUCACCCAAGACAGCAUCGAUGUUGACAACCGCGAUGGAAGCAUCACACGUCCCCGCCAGCUCAUCCUGCAGCUCUUUGAAAAAGCUGGCGCCCAAGUGCUUGCUGACCGCAAGCAGUAUCGUUUUCCCAAGGGCUUGUAUGAAGUCAGGACGUUUGCCAUGAGGUGAUAGCACUGCACACUUGUCCAGUCACGCCGUAGUGUCAUUCUCUGCUGGUUAUUUCAUUUCUUCACGCGAGUUGCGCAAAAUUAGGGGAAUGAUGCUGGCUGUGAUCAUUACUGCUGGUCACCUAAAAUACAGCAGGUGGCUGACAGAUUGGAUAAUUGUGAAAUACCUGUGACUCAAUGUGUGAUACAAAGUGUGCAUUUUGCAUGCACUCCCCAUCGUUCCUCUGUCACCCGUUUCUGUCCUUGUCUUUUAUUGUUACAGUUGAAAUGGUUUUUCCUGGUUCAUGGGGAAGCUUCUGGUAGACAAGAGAUUGCCAGUGAGUGUAUGUCUACACCACCUGCACUAGUUCAUGGAAGUGCUCUGCUCGAGGGCCAUUGGCAGUGCAGUACUUCUCAUAGUACCGAAGUUGGGAAGCUUAGGGCUCUGUCAGUCCUUGAGAGGGAGCCCAUUGGGGAAUAGUGAGCACUGGUGCCCUUUUGCUGCGGCAGGUGUUUGUAAUGACCGAGACAGUUAUGGUGUCCAUAGCAGGCGCUCUCCAUGCUUGCUCCCUCUUGCCAUAACCCUUAGUAAGCACUAAAUCAUGCUGUGCUCAAGUUCAUGAAGCUCAGUGUGAGUUUGCAACAUGCAUAGGCAGUGUGGCACUUCUGCAUGCCACGUGAGGUGAUGGAACAAGCGGAUACUUAAAAGGACAAAAAGGAGGAUUACUAGAUCGCUUGAUUAGUAUGGAAGAAGAUAAAGGCCAAAUGUCUGUUUUUUGCUAAAUUUACGCCACAUGCCGGAACCUCACUAGAACCUCAUUCAUACGUUUUGGAAAAAACCUAGAGAGAAAACGUACGAUCCAAACUAAAAAUUUGACAGACUCAACUGUUGACAUCUAUGUAAAGCAAAGCUUCGCGUGGAUCUUUGCGGCACGAGACAGACACGGACACGCGUUGAGGUGGUGAUGAGCGUAACUCUAUUGGGUGAUUUUCUGUGUUCUCGAUUGUGAAUGUUGGCGCCGGGAAAACAUACGUUACGGAAACGUAUCAAUGAGAUUCUAGUGUGUUUUCUCCUAUUUCGGCUGUUGUGCAGGAAGAGCUUCCCAAACUUGCCAGGUUAGGUCUUUGUCCCUCUGGUAAUGUAGUUCAUUUUUAUCAAUAAACAAUUAACUAAACCCAGCUAGACAAUGUCAAAAUCCAUGACAUCACCGAUUGCUUUCAUUUUUGCAUCUUUUCUAGCUUACCAAGGCUGUGGUCGUAGCUGGGGUGUCAUAGCAGGGUAUAGGCAUCAGCUAUGGGAGGACAUGCAUCCUUUGAUCAUGCUUUGGGUAGUGCACACUAACGGGCGAGGUUUGUCCAGUGAUGUGAUUAACGAAAACUGGCCACAACAAAAGCCAGAUACUUCGUGAAUUGUCUUCAAUGCAUACACGUUUUGUUGUGUAAGCGUGUCGUAUGUAUAUUGAAGCUAAUAAAAUUCAGUACAGUACAGACCUCUUUAAUGUAACCACUUAUAGUACAGGACCAGAUAUAACAGUCUUUUCUGACUCCUGUCUCCCUUUCCCUAGAACUCAAUGUGUAUGUAUACUGCUUACAGUGCAGCCACGCAAGACGAAAUAGUAGUUAAAAUGCAACUUCUGGAAAAUUCCGCAUACAAGCGAGGCAGCAUAUGUAUGCACUCUGCAGGAACACUCUCUGCACCCACCAUGUGUGCAGCAUUGCAACUUUUUUGGCUUUUCAAUUGUGUGCGGAAAGUAAUUGGUCACCAACAGUUUUUUCGGACACGGGCGGGGCCACAUAAAUAUGAUUUAUCGGGCCAGGCCGAAAAAAAUUUAUUUUGAAAUUUUUGUGAUGAUUUAUGCCGUGGGUGCAUUUCGUGUCUGCCUGUUGCAACCACCAUCACAAAGUGCAAAAAUAGCGCAUGCGAAAUUGACUCUGUGACGUUUUCAGUUUAAACCGUGUUCCGCAAAUUCAGUUUGGAGCGUUCGUUGUAGUCGUAUAAACUUUAUUGGUUUGUCAAUUGCUUGCUGCAGGAUAUCUUGCUUUUCACCAAUGGAUUCUUUGGAGGCCCAUAACAGUAUCUCGUCCACGUAUGUUGCUUGACCUAGCUCGGGCUCCUCCUCUAGCAUUAAGGCAAGGUUCCGCAUCUCAACGUUAAAUAGUAGGGGCAGAAUAGAGCCUUGUGGGGUUUCGCGGUUGGAUAUUGGCGUUAAUGUAGAUUGGGUCAAGCUGGUGUCAAUUGUAGCUGUUCGGUUUGUUAGAAAAGAGGUUAUGUAGUUGUACAUUUUUUCUCCUCA